UAGGACGGCCUCAGAUGUUUCACAUAAAGCGUUUUCCAAGGCUUCCUUGCCGGCUCCCGGUUGGCUCUCCUGCGCUGUGAGAACGCAUGGAGAUCUUUCAUGUUCUUUGGGUUUUAUAUGCACCAUUCUUUCACCAAAUUCAACAGAAAUAUAAUAUCACCUACUGCAUUGUUUUUGGCUGCAAAAGUGGAAGAACAGGCUCGAAAGCUUGAACAUGUUAUCAAAGUAGCACACGCUUGUCUUCACACCCUAGAACCACUGCUGGAUACAAAAUGUGAUGCUUACCUUCAGCAGACUCAAGAACUGGUUUUACUUGAAACCAUAAUGCUACAAACACUGGGUUUUGAGAUCACCAUUGAACACCCACACACAGAUGUAGUGAAAUGCACCCAGUUAGUAAGAGCAAGCAAGGAUUUGGCACAGACAUCCUAUUUCAUGGCUACCAACAGUUUGCAUCUUACGACCUUCUGUCUUCAGUACAAACCCACGGUGAUAGCAUGUGUAUGCAUUCAUUUGGCUUGCAAAUGGUCCAAUUGGGAGAUCCCUGUGUCCACUGAUGGAAAGCACUGGUGGGAAUAUGUGGACCCUACAGUUACCCUAGAGCUGCUAGAUGAGCUAACACAUGAGUUUCUACAAAUAUUGGAGAAAACGCCUAGUAGGUUGAAGAGGAUUCGAAACUGAAGGGCUAUGGCUAAGAAACCAAAAGUAGAUGGACAAGUAUCAGAGACACCACUGCUUGGUUCAUCUUUGGUCCAGAAUUCCCUUUUAGUAGAUAGUGUCACUGGUGUGCCUGCCAACCCAAGUUUCCAGAAACCUUCAACGUCAACGUUCCCUGCUCCAAUACCUCUAAAUUCAGGAAAUACUUCCGUUCAAGACAGCCGUGCAUCUGAAUAUUUAUCAGUGCUGGCAGCAGGAAUGCCCAGCACCUCAUACAGUUUGUCGUCACACCAAGAAUGGCCUCAACAUCCAGAUUCAGCCAGGACAGACCCAGGAUACACACAGAAGCAGGAGACUACUCUCUCUGGGAGCCAGUACAUCAGCUUCCAGCAGGGUCCUUCUAUGACGCUGCAUUCAGGAUUACAUCACAGGCCAGACAAAGUUGCUGAUCAUUCAUCAGCUAAGCAAGAAUACGCUCACAAAUCCGGGAGCAGUAAGCACCAUGGGCCUGUUCCUGCUGUUCCUGGAGUAGUUCCUCAGAAAAUGUCUUUAGAUAAGUACAGAGAAAAGCGGAAGCUGGAAACCCUGGACCUGGACACACGGGAUCAUUACAUAGCUGCCCAUGCAGAGCAGCAGCACAAACAUGGGCCGGCAGUCGCAGGCAGUUCUGUCACUUCUCCCAUUAAAAUGAAACUGCCCAUCACCAACUCUGACAAACCUGAGAAACACAUGGCAGAAAAAAGGGAAAAGAGUGGAUCACUGAAGUUAUGGAUACCCAUCCCGCCCCCUGAUAAAGGUCCCAGUAAAGAGGAGCUGAAGAUGAAGAUCAAAGUGUCCUCAGAAAGACACAGCUCUUCAGAUGAAGGCAGUGGGAAGAGCAAGCACUCGAGCCCACACAUCAGCAGAGACCACAAGGAGAAGCACAAGGAACAUCCUGCCAACCGCCACCACAGCAGCCACAAGCAUUUGCACAUGCACAGCGGAGGUGUUAAGCAUGCUGCUGAUGGGAUGCUACCUACUGUGCUGAGGAGUCCUGUGGGCCUGGGCAUCUCCUCCAGCUCCAGUGCAAGGAAGAAGCUGCAUAUCAACGAUGCCUCCCACAACCACCACUCCAAAAUGAGCAAAAGUUCCAAAAGUUCAGGUAGUUCAUCUAGUUCUUCCUCUGUUAAGCAGUAUCUGUCCUCUCACAGCUCUGUUUUUAACCAUCCCUUACCCCCUCCUCCCCCUGUCACAUACCAGGUGGGCUACGGACAUCUCAGCACCCUCGUGAAACUGGACAAGAAACCAGUGGAGCCCCACGGUCCUGAGGCCAAUCACGAGUACAGUACAAGCAGCCAGCAUUUGGGCUACAAAGACACAUUCGACAUGCUGGACUCAUGCUGGACUCAAAUGUAA